CCAUCCAUCAUUAACUCGACCGAGCUAAUCUAUCUAUGAUGGGCCAAUAGAAGGUGACUUCUUUGAUCCCCACGACGCGGCCGGUUAUCCAGUCUGGUCACAAAAGAUAAGGUCAGGACUGGUGGCUUCGGUUCGGUUCAGCAUCGUCUCGUCUCUCCUCCCCCCUCGGAUAGCCAUGGCUUCCAUCUUGGGAUCUCCGGCUUUCCUCGCUCGCCCAUUGACAAAGCCGCAGCUCUCGUGCUCGCAAACGCCCCGCUCUCAGCAACCGAUCCGAUCCCAACCGGAACCCUCGGCGCAGCCUUCAUCCCCUCCUACUCCUCCCCCUCCCCCUCCGAAGCCUCAGCAGAAGCCGAAGGUCGCCGCCGAGUCCACCGACUGGAUAGCCUCCAGCCUGACCAGGCGGUUCGGCCUCGGCGCCGGCCUCGCCUGGGUCGGCUUCCUGGCUUUCGGGGUCGUCUCGGAGCAGAUCAAGACGCGCCUGGAAGUGUCUCGAGAGCAAGCGAACACCAGAGUGGUGGAGAAAGAGGAAGAGGUGGUGCUUCCGAAUGGCAUCAGGUACACCGAGUUGAGGGUCGGCGGCGGGGCUUCGCCGAGGCCAGGAGACUUGGUGGUGAUAGACCUCCAAGGGAGGGUGGAGGGCAGCAGCGACGCGUUCGUGGACACGUUCGGGGAAGGGAAGAGGCCGCUGGCGCUGGUGAUGGGCUCCAGGCCGUACACCAAGGGGAUGUGCGAGGGGGUGGAGUACGUGCUGCGGUCGAUGAAGGCCGGAGGGAAGAGGAGGGUGACCGUGCCUCCCGUUCUGGGCUUCGGAGACGACGGUGCCGAUCUGGGGGCGGGUCUGCGGAUACCUGCUUCCGCCACGCUCGAGUUCAUCGUGCAGGUCGAUAAGGUCUCCAUUGCGCCUUCUUGAGCUCGGAGGAUCCACCCUGUGGAUUCAGUUUUGGGUGCUCACCAGUGGCUUCGAUUGCUAUUUCUUCGUGCCCCGACUUGAAAUAGCCCUUCUAAUUCAAACAAUUUAUUCGUUGGAUUGUUAUAUGCAGUACUCAUUAAAUCAAAAUUACACAAAAUUGCAUGUAUAUGUA